AUGAGAAAUACUCUAGCAGAUAUAUGGCAUCCUUUAGGAGGGAUAGACAUAAGUGAGAUUGGUGGGAAGAGAUAUCUUUUUAGAUUUUUCAAUGGAAUUGAUAGGCAGAGAGUAUCGGAGGGAUCCCCAUGGCUAUUUAACAAUCAUCUGCUGGUUUGGAAGGAGAUCAAUAAGGGAGAUAAUCCUUUGCUUGUACCAUUAACGCACUCUCCUAUUUGGGUCCAAGUUCAUGACCUAAAACAUGGGUUUAUGUCCCAAGAAAUGGCAAAGCAGUUAGGGGAUUUUAUAGGGACCUUCAUCGAAUACGACCCAAAAGUAUGUGUUGAUUCCGAUAAUGAAAAAUAUAAAAAGGUGAAAACAUUUUGUUAUCUUUGUGGAAUCAUUAGACACAUAGAUAAUUUUUGUGAACUGAGAUUGAAGAAGAGACCGGAUGCACUAAUUAUGGCCUGGGAUGAGAGUUUGAGGGCCAAACCUCGCCGGACAUCACAGCCGGUAAGCAGCUGGAUACGGAAUAUGGAAGGAGGAUUUUUUUGCGCAAAUCGAGGAAAUUUGAAUGAAGAAAAUCUGGAUAGGGAUCAAAUUAUAUCACGUGACUAUAGGACUCAUCUUAUUUCUGGUCAACUACAUUCGGAUAAGGGCAAUUCACUAGGAAAGGUGGACUGUGAUUUAGAGGGUGAUGAAGUUGGGCCAGAUACAUCUCAGCCCAUUGACUUAAAUGAAGACAUGCCUAUGCAAAAGCCUAAGGAAAUUAAGAAACGGCAACGUACCUUCAAACAAACAGUAGAUGGUGUUUCUUUACACAAUCAGGAUUUGUCAUCAAGCUCAAACCCAGUUCAAAAUAUGGCUGGUAUUCAGGAAGCGGCUGAUCCUGCGUUGCAGGAUAGCCGAAGGCAAUGA